UGCCCAGCAGUGUCAUCCAUCAGUGCCCAGCAUUGCUGCCCAGCAGUGCCACCUGUCAGUGCUGCCCAUGCCACCUGUCAGUGCUGCCAGCAGUGCCACUCAGUGCCCAGCAGUGUCGCCCAUCAGUGCUGCCCAUCAGUGCCACCCAUCAAUGAUGCCCAGCAGUGCCGCCGAUCAGUGCCGUCUGUCAGUGCCUCCAGUUGGUGCUAUCAGUCAGUGCCACUUAUCAGUGCCCAUCAUUGCUGCAUAUCAGCAUAUCAGUGCAUCAUCAGUGCCUCCUCAUCAAUGCCCACCAGUG